AUGUCUUUGUGCUUACUCAACGUCAGAUCAGUCAGAAAUAAGGCACUGACUGUAAAGGAUUUUACAGUUGAUCAUGCCUUAGAUACACUCUUGAUAACUGAAACUUGGCAGAAACCGGGUAAUGAGGACGCAGUAGAAAUUGGAACUUUGUGUCCUACAGGCUAUCUUUUUCUUCAUGUUCCUGGACAUGAUUCUAUCACCUUUGGAGGAAGUAUUGGAUUCCUAUAGCGGUUUUCACUUGACUGUCGAAUUGGGAUUGGUUUUGGUUUUGGUUUUGGUUUUACUACGUCCUUUGGUUGGCUAGUGUAUUCAGUGUAUUUACUUUGGUUUUGGUUUUACGACAGUCAAGUGAAAACCGCUCUAUUCAAGGAAAACCUUGAUGUACACACCUCCGUCAGUGAAGAAUUUGAGACGUUUGAGCUAAUGGAUACUCGUUUGAAGAACAUCGAGUGUGCUCGUAUCCUGUGCACUGUUACCGUCCUCCAGACGAUAGCACCUUAA